GCCUUGGAGGCUAAGACAAAGGACUGAGUUUGUUUUUUCGCCCCAGACCACUUCAAACUGGCGGCAGAGAUUGAAAGUAAACAAAAAAGUCCAUCAUCAACGAAAAUAACAAACACUUCUGAACGAACUCCUCAAAAACAGAAGAAAGGUACAAAACCAUAUUCACGCAUAAGUCCUACCUUGUUACCUACUGCUGCUAUUGCCAAUGUUUUGCCACAAUCAUCUCAACAAAUCAAUACAAGUAGGUCGCCUUCACCUCUAGCUCAUGCAAUAGCCUCAUUUACUAAAGUUGGACAAGCUAUAGUUGGUGAUACAUCUCCAACAAGAGGUAAGAUUAAGAAGGAUACAAAAAAUACAAAACCUCAUGGAAGAUCUGAAACCCGUAAAAGAAUGAUGUCUCGACCACCAAUUGCACUACCAAGCGACGCAACAGAAGAAAUUGCAUAUGAGUUUGAAGAAAGUGUGUUGUAUGCAACAGUGAACAAAAGCAAGCCUGAGACCAAGCGCUCUGAAAAUGGUGAUCUAGAUAAAGAUGAUGAUGAUGAGCACAUUAGUGAGAAUAAGUAUACUAUUGUUAAAGAAGGCCUAAAUUCUCCACAGAAUCAGAUUCGUGGAGAAAUUGAAAAUACAAGUGGUGCAACUGUACCAGUUAAAGAAAAAAACAGAAUACCUUUUUCAAUAACGCCAUCUUUAUUAGAGGAAAGGUUUCCCAUUACAGAGAAAUACCCUGAAGGGUGGACAGACAAGCAAUAUACUGAGAAGGAGCAAGAACUGAGUUACAGCUGUGAGCAUAGUGGAUAUCUUCCAAAAAAUGAAAGAAAUGUUAGAAAUAUUGAUAAUACAAAUGAUGAAGUAUCAGAAGGUCAGAUGUUAACAUUAUCAGUGAAAUCGCCAGAAAAAUGCAGUGACCUGCAACUAUUGUAUUUGUCAAAUGAAACGAUUGAUGUUAACGUAGGAGAGGAUGACUUUUCAAAGGCUAUGUUACCCGAUGAAGAAACAACUACUUAUUCGAAAAAACAUGUUUUACCGGAGCAACUAAACCAAAAUAUGCCUGGUGGGAUCCAAUCCAAAAACAUUCACUCUAAUAAAAUACAGCAGUCUUUUGAAGCAAAUUUUAAAUUGAAUGAUAACCCCACAAAAGAAGUUACACCUAGAAUCAUGAAAAACAAAGAAAUGAGUUCAACAUUUUAUAAUCAGGAAAAACGCCCUAUGAGUACAACACCAGUUAAACUGGAUUAUCUCCGAGUUGAAGAUGUAAUCGGUAAUAAAGGCAAUAUGAGUGGUGAAUCCGAAACGCCACAUAAUUAUCUUCACAUGUCACCUCAUAAAAGCUCAGGGAAUAGCUCAAACCAUAAUCUAGUAACAAAAAGUAAAAUUAAUUCCAAAAAUUUAAAAAUUUUAACACCACUUCAAGAGCUGCAUGCUGAUAGCAAUGAAUUGCAACUGAGAAGCCAUUUGGGUCAGCAACUUAGUAAAAGCAUAGGAGCUUUGAAUAGCCUAUACAAUGCAGAUGUGACAGAUGCACAAAGAACAGUGAUUCAACACAAUAUACAAGUGUUGGUUGGUAUGUCUGCAAGUAAUAACGAAUUCUUACAAAAUCGACAAUCAGCUUUGCGGGAUAUACACAAAACCAUCAAUACGAAGUUGACAGAUGAUGAAAAAUUUGGUUCAAUGGAAAGUCAACUUAAAUCAUUUGAUUUGGAAAAUAAAAAUCUACAUGAUUUAAAUGAUUCGUUAAUGAAAGAAAAUGAUUUAUUAAAACAGAAGAUUUCAAACAGAGAUCCAUUGGCAAAUGAGCAACCGAUUUUAAUUGCACAAUUAAAUCACAUCAAAGAACAAAACAGGUCCUUAAAUGCACUGGUUCAUCGUUUGACCAAUGAACUGAAAAGACCAAAAGAACCCUUAAAGACUAAUCAUACUGUGGGUGGUGAUCUGCCACAGUUAUUACAAUCAUACGAUGAACAACUAAAAGAAAAGACUCAACUAAUUCAGUUAUAUGAGCAAAAGUUAUCAAUGCUAGAGAAGAAUGCAAGUCUAAUGGAGAAGAUUCCAGAAGGAAACGAGCAUUCAGUGUCAUAUGGAGAAUGGCAUCAACUGAAGGAGCAAUCCCGCUUAGUGCUGCAAGAAAACCAAUUACUAGUGGACCAAAAAAUUCUUUACAAAAACACGAUCGAUGAUUUGACAUCACAGUAUCAGCAUGAAGUCAAUAAAUUAUCUGAGAAGUCCACACAGUAUAUGCAAGAAAAGAAAAGCUUGGACUUCAUGCUUUCUGAAGCACACUUAGAAUUAUCUCAACUCAAAUCGAAAUACAACAAACUGAUAGAAAACAUGACAACACAAGUAGACUCAGUGGAACAUGAUGAAGAAGUAGAAAGAAUACAGAGGUCUCACAAUCAGAAGUCAAACAAAUUACAAACAGAGAUAAACAACCUACAAUCACAACUUCAGGUACUGAGUGGAGAAAGAGAUCGCUUGGCAAUACAAGUUACUGAUUUAACAGCAGAUAAUUCAAGACUCCAACUGGAGAUAGAUAUGACAAAGAAAAACUACAGGCGCUGCGAGAAACGUUUGUUGCGUUGUUUACAUCAACUGGAGACUGCAAAUGGAAGAGAAAUAUCAGCGAAAAAAACUUUAUCAAGAGUUUUAAAAGUGGCAGAAAAGAAUUCAUCAGAGAAAGCCCAAUUGGCUCGAUUAGUUGAAAGUCAAAAAGAAAAAACAGAUGAGGCGCUGGACAAAGCUACGACAGACGAUCGCAAAUGUAUUCAGUUAAAACAACAAAUCCAGGAACUAAAAAACAGAAGUAAAAUAAAAGUGAAUGAUAUGAAGAAACAGUUACGUGACCAAGGAAAAGAAAUGGAACGUUUAAAGAUCGAAUAUGAGGAUGAGUUAGAUAAGCUAAAAAAUAUCGUACGACAAAAAGAAAAAUGGAUUGAUCGGGUUCAAAGCAACAAAGCUUCCACAGAACUGCAGAUGAAUGAAAUGUGCAACAGUUUAAAUAUUGGAAGAAUAAAAUAGUAUAAAAGUGAAGAUUUAUCUGUCUGCUAAGCUACAAUUUCUUGAUUCAUAAAUUAAGAUAUCUACGUCACAGCGCGAAACGUUCCCGUCACUAAACUCUAUCGAGUUUACCUUUUUUACAAAUAAUAUUUCGCAAAAUUUACCCCGAGCUUCACUUAAAAUGUUUUUGGUAAAAUGUUGUACACCGCAUGUAUAUAGAUAUAUACAUAUAUAAAUAUAUAUGAAUUUUUUAACUUGUAUAAAAUUUUAAUUGAUAUUUUUUACGAAGUAUAUGAGCAGAAUUCA